CCCGCCGAGGGACGGCGGGAAGCUCAGCAGCAUGGGCGUGGGCGACGGCGCGGAGCCCAUGACGGACGCGCAGCGACGCGCGCUCGCGCGCACGGAGGCGCCGCAGGAGUACAACCCGACGCGCGCGAACGCCAAGUUUGCGAAGCGGCCCGCGGCGGUCGCCGCGCGCGCGGCGCAGAUCGCGUCCUCGCUCGGCGGCUUCGUCCUCGACGUCGUCGUGGACGUGCAGACGGGACAGUUCGAGGCGAACGCCAAGGUUCGCGCGGAUCAGCUCAGGAAGAAACUCACCGAGCUCGGGCCCGCGUUCGUGAAAGUCGGGCAGGCGCUGUCCACGCGCCCGGACCUCCUCCCGGCGCAGUACCUGGACGAGCUCACGUCUCUGCAGGACGCGCUGCCGACGUUCAACGACGCGGACGCGUUCGAGCAGGUGGAGAGAGAGCUCGGACGGCCCCUGGAGGAGAUGUUCGCGAUGAUCACGCCGAGGCCGAUCGCGGCGGCGUCGCUCGGGCAAGUGUACAGAGCGACGCUGCUCGAGAGCGGCGACGAGGUGGCGCUGAAGGUGCAGCGGCCGAACAUCCCGAAAGGGUUGGAGCUGGACUUUUACCUCAUCCGCGCCGGCGCCGCAUUCGCGGAUAAGUACGUGGACUCGUUGAACACGUCCAUCGUGGACCUCGUGGACGAGUUCGCCGCGAGGGUGUUCCAGGAGCUGAACUAUGUUCAGGAGGGUCGGAACGCGGAGCGGUUCGCGCGGUUGUACGGCGACCGGCCGGACGUCGUCGUCCCCGGGAUUCGAUGGGAGUACACGUCCCCGAGGGUUAUCACCAUGGACUGGAUCGAGGGCACGAAGCUCAGCGACCAGGAGAGUUUGAAAGCGCAAGGUUUAGACGUCCUGUCGCUGGUGGACAUCGGGAUUCAGUGUUCGCUGAGGCAGCUCCUGGAGUUUGGGUACUUCCACGCGGACCCGCACCCGGGGAACUUGCUCGCGACGCCGGAGGGAAAGCUCGCGUUUUUGGAUUUCGGGAUGAUGUCCGAGACCCCGGAGCGCGCGCGAUACGCGAUCAUCGAGCACGUCGUGCACCUCGUGAACCGAGACUACGAAGCGAUGGCGAGGGACUACUACAACCUCGAGUUCUUAGACCCGAGCGUGGACGUCACGCCGAUCGUCCCCGCGCUCGCGGCGUUCUUCGACGACGUCCUCGACGCGUCCGUGGAGGAGCUGAAUUUCAAGACGAUAACCGACGGUCUGGGCGGGGUCUUGUACGAGUACCCGUUCAACGUCCCGGGGUACUACGCGCUGAUUCUGCGGUCGCUCACCGUGCUCGAGGGGCUCGCGUUAUCCACGGACCCGAAGUUUAAGGUGCUGGGGAAGGCGUAUCCGUACAUGGCGAGGCGGUUGCUCACGGACCCGCGGCCGCAGCUCCGGGAUUCGUUCGCGGAGCUCCUGUUCCAGGAUAAAAAGUUUCGCUGGAACCGCCUGGAGAACCUCCUCCGCGAGGGCUCGAAGAGCGACGAUUACUCCGCCAGGGACGGUGACCGCGAGGGUGUUGAGGGAAUUUUUGACCCCGACGACAGGGGAGGGAAGCAGCGCCGCCGCGGGGGCGCGGUGAUGACCGCGGGUGAUGGUGACAAAAAGAUCGCGUGA